CCUCAUUCCGUCACAAAGAGCCACCCCUCAACAACAGGCAGCACCGACUCUCACACAAAGCUCCGCUUGCAGCGCAGAGAGGAGGCAAUGAGAAGCGGGGUGUGGUUUCCUGCAGCGGGACUGCUGGCUUGGCUAUGCUGCCUUGGUCUGGGGCCCGUUCAGGGGGGGAAGGUGCUGGUUAUGCCCGUGGAUGGAAGCCACUGGCUAAGCAUGAAGAUACUGGUGAAGGAGCUGAGCCGCAGAGGCCACGAGGUCAAGGUCCUGGUACCCGAAAGCAGCCUGUUGAUCCAAGGUUCUGACGGCUACACGACUGAAGUCUACAAAGUACCAUAUACUCAAGCUGAACUGGAUGAGAACAUGAACAACCUCAGGGCAGGACUUUUCGACGGGCAGCCUGGAAUGGGAGAUUUAUUUGUCAAUAUUGACCGUUUGGUGCAGUUUACGUCUCUCCAGUCAGUAGGAUGUGACGCUUUACUGGACAACAAGCCAUUGAUGGAUAAGCUCAGGGGAGAGGGAUUUGAUGUCAUGCUUACAGACCCUUUCCUUCCUUGUGGAUCCGUACUGGCUCAUCUGUUUUCCAUCCCAGCUGUGUAUUUUUUGCGUGGGCUUCCCUGCGAGCUGGACAUUAAAGCUAACAAGUGCCCCUCUCCUGUUUCCUACGUCCCUAAGUUUUUCUCUGGUAACACAGACCAAAUGAACUUCCCGCAGAGGAUGAAAAACAUGCUGAUGUCUUUUCUCGAGUCAUACGUAUGCACCGUCCUGUACAAACACUUUGACGACCUUGUCAGCAGACGCAUCCAGGAUGGCAUGUCUUACAAGGAACUCAUAAGCCACGGGGCCAUCUGGCUUCUUAGAUAUGACUUUGUGUUUGAUUGGCCUAAACCUCUCAUGCCAAACAUGGUUUUAAUAGGCGGGAUCAACUGCGCAAAGACAGCUCCUCUUCCAGCAGACCUGAAGGAAUUUGUGGAUGGCUCAGGAGACGAUGGCUUCAUUGUCUUUACGCUGGGCUCAAUGGUGUCCAACAUGCCCGAAGAUAAGGCCAAGAUGUUCUUUGACGCCUUCCGAAAAAUUCCUCAGAGGGUUGUUUGGAGAUACACAGGCGAUUUACCCAAAGAUGUGCCCAAGAACGUCAAACUUAUGAAAUGGUUGCCUCAGAAUGAUCUCCUAGCCCACCCCAAGGCUAAAGUCUUCAUGACUCAUGGUGGGAGCCAUGGUAUCUAUGAAGGUGUCUGUAAUGGUGUUCCCAUGCUGAUGUUUCCACUCUUUGGGGACCAGGGGGACAAUGUACACCGAAUGGUGUCUCGCGGUGUUGCUGCGAAGCUCAAUGUGUUCGAUAUGACAACUGAAAAAUUGGUGGAUGCACUGAAAGAAGUGAUCUACGACAAAGGAUACAAAGAACGAAUGGUGAAGCUGUCCCAGAUCCACCUGGACCGACCUGUUGAGCCCUUGGACCUGGCUGUUUUUUGGUCCGAGUUUGUAAUGAGACACAAGGGAGCGCCACAUCUAAGAGUAGCCGCGCAUGACUUGAACUGGUUUCAGUACCACAGCCUGGACGUUAUCGGCUUUCUAGUUUUUAUUUUUGUCACCGUUUUGUGGGUGACACUGAAAUCCUGCUUGUUCUGCACUCGCAAGUGUUGCGGGAAGAGAAGUGCCAAGAAGAAAUCUGAAUAGUGUCUGUCAUAAAGUAAAUAGUUUGAACACA